UAACUACCAGACACUUGAUACUUUCUGUGGUGGUUUGUAAAAGCUUGAGAACAUGGCCGUCACGGGUUCAGCCGGAGGUUUGGAGGAUCCUUUGCACCUAAACUGCUACUGCACAGUCGUGAAAGACCAGUCACCGCUGCAAGUUAAGUCCCUUAUCGAGUUGACCGCAGAGGAACUACAAACUACAUCAUCGAACAAAACGAGAAUACCUUUGCGCUUCGUUGCUGUCAUCGAUGAAAGUGGCAGCAUGGCGUCAGAGAUUGGGAACGAAACCUUGAUCUACAAGGUAAAAAUAUUCGCCCAAGUCCUGGUGCGGAAAAUGCAGGCAGAGGACAUGUUGGGGAUUGUUGGAUUUGACAGCGAAACCAGAGUGUUACUGCCCAUCACAAAAAUGGACAAUGACGGAAAGAAAGCUGCCAUGCAAAGUAUACAAUCACUGAGUGCAAAGACGUUGACGAACUUGAGCGAAGGCAUCCUCACCGGAGUGAAGCUUUUUGGUGUUGCAGACGAGGGUACACAGUACCGAAACGGGAUGGUCGUGUUCACGGAUGGCAUGGCUAACGAGGGUAUAACGGAUGCAGACGGCAUCGUUUCUGCCUUUAACUCCACCAUACAGCAGACAUUAGGCAGCAACUUCUGUCUGCCCAUCUCCACACUCACCAUCGGCGACUACAAACCCGACCUUCUCCUGGAAAUAAGUCAAAGGUUAGGCAGCGACGCGUUCUACUGGAUCAACGACAUGGACACAUUUGAAACGGACAUGAUGAUCCCGUUCUUCCUCCGCGAGACCAGCCUCGUUUCAGACGUCCACGUGACCUUGCAGCCUCUCAGUGGCGUGACCUUCGAUCUCACCAAGAUGGCGUCUGAUCGAAUGGUACUCUCGACUCAGCAGUCGGAUUCAUCACCGGUAGAGUACUACAUACACGACAUUUCUGCCGAUAUGGCUAAACAUUUGCCGUGUUACAUCACCAUGCACGCCCGGGAAAAGAAAAUGAAGGACAAACCUAUAAUGGAGGUGCACGUCACAUACAGGGACUACAACAACGCACCUCGGGAACUGCGCCUCAUCAUCACGUUCACCAACGUCACACUUGCAGAACUGAGAAAGAAAUCCAAACAACAAACGACACCAUCAGACAAUAAGGUGAUAGCGUACAUGGACUCAAACGUCCCCAUGGCGAUUACAGAGAUAACGAGAGCAGAGACUGCUAUCGCAAAGAUCGCCCAGGAAGAGUGGCGGACGAUGGCAGUGCUGACAAUCAAAAACGCUGCUGACUAUUUUGGCAAAGACGAAGUCAUCAUGGCGCAGGAUGCGAUCCAGGAGACCACAAACGACAUUGAGCAGAGGAAAACAGAGGUGAACACAGUUUUGUCGGGGCAGCCAGCGGUGGUGACGUGUGAGCGGGCGGACGCCAUGAUCGAGGCUCUGGACCACUGCCUGACGAUCAUCGAUGCCGGGAGGCCGGACGGCUGGAAUACCAUGAAGACCAUGGCGUCGUCAUUAGCCAACGAAUGCCCGACGACUGGAAAAAUCUUCCCUGGAGAGGCAAGGCCGUUUGCCCCGCCAGCGAUGGAAGCAGAAUUGGAGAAUUACCGAAAGAUCGUUGAUCAACAGAAGCAACAGCAGAAGCAGAAACCUCCUCCAAAGCCGAAGACGUUUAAGGACAGACACGUCGCCGUGUCCGAGAAAUUGAGCAAGUCGUCCCAGGAGAAGAUCAAGGAACUCAUCAUUGAGCACGGCGGAAAUCCAGUGCCUUUCGUGAAAAACAAAGCUGCAUACAACAUCCUGGUGUGCUCAAGGGCAGAAUUCAAUGAUAAAUCUGUCAAAGUCAGAGACGCCUUGGAAAAUCAGUCUCCUCCACAAAUGAAGGUUCUGCUGGAGCUGAGCGCAGACGAAAAACGUCUGGAGGCGUCAGGUCAUCAGAGGACACCUUUACGUUUCGUUGCGGUGAUCGAUGAAAGCUACAGCAUGGACGAAAGGAUUGGGCUGGACAAACUGACUUUGAUCCAGCGGAUGCAGAUCUUUGCUGAGCUGAUGGUGAAGGACUUCAAGGACGAGGACAACAUGGGGAUUGUGACCUUCGCUGAUGACGCCAAGGUCGUCCUGCCCAUGACAAAGAUGGACUCCCGCGGACGGGAAUCUGCACUGGAAAAGAUCAAAAACAUCGAGACACGUGGGCAGACAAACCUGAGUGAUGGAAUCCUGACAGCCAUCAGUAUGUUCAAAGGAAGCAGUGGGUCUCAUUUCCACAACGGCAUCAUCCUGUUCACAGACGGGCAGGCUAACCAAGGGAUCACUGACGCCGAGGAACUAGUACGGGAGUACAACAGUAAAAUGGCCGGUCUUGGGGAGGGCGUCUGCCUCCCAAUCACCUCAUUCACCAUCGGCGACUACCGUCCCAAGCUGCUUUGCGAGGUGGCCCAGACGAUGGGCAGUGACGCGUUUUUCUGGCUUAGUGACGACACGGAUUUUGAGGUGGACAUGAUGAUUCCCAUCUUCCUCCGCGAGACCUGCCUCGUUUCCAACAUCCGCAUCGCACUGCGCACGCUCAACGGAGUGACCUUUGACACGCUGAAAAUGUUCAGUCCUUUCAUGGUGUCGUGUGUAGAGAGUAACGACAAAACCGUUAAGUAUUUUCUACACGACAUAUCUGCGGACAUGUUGAAGCACAUCCCUUGCUCUUUGCUUCUUCCAAAGGACUACAAGAAGUCAUUGAAGAACAAAGACGUCAUGGAAGUGCAUAUUGAGUACCUUGACUUAGAAAAUGUCGAGAGAGAGAUUUUGACUAAGAUUCCAUUCAAGUCAACAUCGAUGGCAGAAAUCUUGAAAAACGACAAUCAUGAAAACACAGGAAGGAACGGUGCUCUAUCCGCAAAAGAAAACAAUGGCAGAAGGCACAACAGCGGCGCACGUACACCCGCACACAUAAGGAUGGACAGAAGAACAAGACGUCUACGCGUACCGACGGAGGCAGAAAUGUACGUUGUAGCCUACUCAGAUUCUAACCACCAGUCUGACGUGAACGUCGUUCAGAGAGCUCAACAGGCAGUUGUAAAAAUCGCGCAAGAAGAUUGCAGGAUGGUAACCGUGGGCACCAUCAACAGGGCAGCAGAGUUCGUAGACUAUCGUGACUACUCGUACUCGCUGCGUUUGGUAAACGGCGGGAUCGACGAGAUCAAGCGCAUCAAGAGCGAAGUUCGAACGAUAACAGACGAAGAUUCCCGAACGGUCGUCGGCAACUUCGCGGCGACGAUGAUUGACAGCCUCGGCUAUUGCGUCACGCUACUCGAAGACCCACAGGAGAGUCACUGGGCCAGGAUGAAGGCCAUGGAGUCAUCCCUAGCGAACGAGUCGCCAACUGCAGGCGGAGUGUUUGGCGGGCACAACAGACCGUACCUUCCACCAAGAGUCGAGAGAAGCAUACAGAAGUACAGAGCUAUUGUGAAUCUACGGAAGGGCCCAAAGUCUCCCAAAACCGUGAAGAAGAUGUGCGUGGAGGCAAAAAGGAACACAAAGGCCGUCCUUACAACAAGAAUUUUCAAGAACAGAAAGUUUACCCUUUCUGAUAAGCUGAUUGCGGAUGGCAACAAAAUGGGAUCUCAGGAAACUAUCAAGGAGUUAAUCAUCAAACAUGGCGGCACGCCAGUUCCGUUCAUGUUUGAAUCCGUUCUGCUCUGCACCAAAAAGGAAUAUGAGAAGAACACAGCCAAGGUCAGGGACGCAAAGGCAAACAAGAUUCCGAUACUGUUUGAAGAGUUCAUCUAUGACUCGAUCAGGGCCAAGAAAAUGAUGGACAUAGAUGGUUACAGAUACGCCUGACGACUGUUAGAUGAACUGCAACUUGCAAAUGGCAAAACGACCAAACGCCGUUAAUACAUACGCUUUUGGCUCAAGGCUGAUGCUCUGUGUACUUUUGAAAAGCUACCUAUACGCAACUUAAGCUUUGCCAGUCCUGUACAGCAGACAAAAACAAAGUUGAAAAUACAAAAAUAGUCUAUUGCUGUAAUUUCAUAUACUUCAAGUUGAAUCCAAAUGUCCUUCGCAGAGUUCAAGCAAUUGAAGUGAAGCAAUUACAAGUGAGUAUCUUGAUCCACCUCAUUUAUCGGUGACUGAAAAUAAAGGAAGAAAACAUGGAAUUACCAGCAACGUGAAUUGCUGCCACAAAAAGGUUUCCAGUGCAUCAUAUGACGACCACACUUGUACUGAUAACUUUGGAGAUCUCACUUAUGUAACCUUACCACAACCAUGACUGACAAAAACUUACCAGAAAAGUGGAAUAACAAUAAUUUGGAAACAAAGUGUUACUUUGUAGUUUUUGUGUCAAUAUUCCUAGUUAUGAUUGAGUACAUUUUAUAGGCUAAGGCUCUUGCUUGUUUUAAAGAGAUUUUCCCAUAUAUCAUUCUCUUGUCACAUUUUUAAGCAUGAGUGGACCAAAUGACUGAACCAUGAUUAGUGUUGUCAAAAUGGCGGCUCUUACCUGUACACCGGAAGUACGUAACAUCCUCUUGCGCGCUGCACCCUGGGCCUCACGUGU